CUUGUUAGUCGGCUCACUCUUGUAGCAGUGAAGUUCUUCUGGUGUUCCUGCUCCCGACCUUCUUCUUGCUUCUCAAGGAAUGGCCGUUCCUUUCGUUAAUCUUGCUCCGAAUCUCACAGUUUCAAGGCUCUGCUUCGGUACCAUGACGUUCGGCGAGCAGAACUCAAUGUCUCAGUCAUUUCGCCUCCUCGACCAAGCUUUCGAUGCCGGAAUUAACUUCUUCGAUUCUGCAGAAAUGUACCCUGUGCCUCAAUGUUCUGAGACUCAAGGUCGCAGCGAGGAGUACCUUGGACAUUGGAUCAGAAGCCGAAAAAUUACUCGGGAUCGUAUUGUUUUAGCCACGAAGGUUGCUGGACCAUCUGGGCAAAUGACUUGGAUACGAGGCGGUCCAAAGUGUUUGGAUACUAAAAAUAUUACAGAAGCAAUUGAUGCUAGCUUAAAGCGAAUGCAAACAGAUUUCAUUGAUAUUUACCAGAUUCAUUGGCCUGAUCGGUAUGUUCCAAUGUUUGGAGAAACUGAAUAUAAUCCAUCAUGGCAGUAUUGUUCUGUUACUAUAGAAGAGCAACUUUAUGCGCUCAGCAAGGCUGCUGAUGCUGGUAAGAUCAGAUACAUUGGCCUCAGCAAUGAAACACCUUAUGGUGUUAUGAAAUUUGCACAUACUGGUGAAAAAUAUCCUCACUUUCCGAAAGUUGUAUCAUUGCAGAACUCGUACAAUUUGCUUUGUCGAACUUUUGAUUCUGGCCUUGCUGAAUGUUGUCAUCAUGAGAGAAUCAGCUUAUUAGCGUACAGUCCCCUGGCAAUGGGCAUACUUUCUGGGAAGUAUUUUUCUCCUGAAGGUGGUCCUGAAGAUGCCCGACUUAAGCUUUACAGAGGAAGAUAUUUAGAAGGGGAAUCGAGAUACAACCUAACCAACAACAUCAUCAGAACAGCUACAAUGGAAUAUGUUAAGGUUGCUAAGAAAUAUGGCCUUCAUCCAGUCUCCCUGGCAAUUGCAUUUGUUCUCAGGCAUCCCCUCGUAGCAAGUGUUGUGUUUGGAGUUACCAAGUCAUGGCAACUCUUGGAUAUUGUAAAUGCAGUUAAGGUUGAGCUCACACCUGAAAUCAUUUCUGAAAUAGACAAAAUUCAUUCGAGGUUUCCCAAUCCAUGUCCCUGAUUUGGAAUUUUCUUCCAUGAUUCGAGAUUUUUGGUUUGUUGUGUAAUGUUAUUCACUUGUGACCAAAAUGGAGCCAAGUGUAAAAGGAGGAUAAUUGUUGUGAAGAGGGUAAAGUUUGUUCUUUGGAAAAUACACCACAGUGCUCUUAGCAGCAAUCAUGAUCUUCACUAGCGCCUUCCAUACAUGGCUAUUGCCCUGAACUGGUGCCUUCUACACUAAAUUAUUGCAGAUUUUUUUA